CAUCGGUUUGUAUUAGUUCAGAAAACAGCACAGAACUUGAUGGAGGAAUGGGAGAGUCCGUGAGAAAAAAUGUGUGGAAUGAGGAGACAGUGAGCCUGUCAGAGCGCCCCCUUGACAUAGUAGGGAAUGACAUCAUCUCAGCUGGAGACUUCACUUGUGACCUGAUUGAGGUCCAACAAAUGCAGGCAGACAAGACACCAGCUUGGGAUCCCUGCAACAACAGCAGCUUUGGAAAAGAUGUGUACCGUUACGUCGGACAGCACAUUGUUAUUCAUGAAUCCACAAAUUUCUUUGGAGCUGUCAUGUGGCCAGGGGCGCCAGCUCUGUGUUCCUUCCUGGACAAGAACAGGCACUUAGUGGACCUGCAGGACAAACGUGUGCUUGAACUGGGAGCUGGAACUGGACUGGUCACUAUUGUGGCCAGCUUGCUUGGGGCUAUAGCCACAGCGACAGACUUACCGGAGAUGCUAAACAACCUCAGGUCCAACGUGAUGAGGAACACUAGAGGACGUUGCAAGUACACACCCACUGUGGUACCCCUGACCUGGGGGGCCGACCUGGAGCUCACCCACCCGACAUGUGAAUAUCAGUAUGACUACAUCCUAGCAGCAGAUGUGGUCUACCAACACGACUUCCUGGUUGAGCUGCUGGCCACCAUGAAGUACUUCUGUCAGCCAGGGACGAGCGUGAUCUGGGCCAACAAAACCUGGAUGGAGUCUGACCUCUCAUUUACGGACACGUUUAAGGAGGCCUUCCUGACCACUUUGCUUGCUGAAGAUGGAGAGAUGCAAAUCUACAUGGGGAAACGCAAAGAAGUGUACAGCGAAGUAUAAAGUUAAUUUCAUGCCA